AUGUUAAUCUGGGAAACUGAAAAGAAAAGAUCAGAUCUUUUAAAUGUACAAUCACAAAAUAUAAUCAACAUUACUUUAAGGGAUGGAACUGUGAAAAAAGGAAGUUCGGGCAUUUUGACGCCAUUAGAAUGUGCGAAAGGUAUUUCACUUAAGCUUGCCAAUGAUUCCAUCUUGGCACUUAUUAAUUCUCGUGAACUUUAUGAUAUGAAUCGGCCUCUUACCGAUUCAUGUACUUUACAAUUUCUCCCUUCUUUAAUAAACGUUCCUACAGCCAAGGAAGUAUUUUGGCAUUCGACUUCUCACUUGUUAGGCCUAGCUCUUGAAACAAAAUAUGGUGAUGAUAUCUUAUUAUGUGAUGGGCCAUCACUAAAGCAAGGUGGAUUUUUUUAUGAAUUUCUACUGAAAAGGCAUACUGAUCAACUGGAUAAUGGACUCGGAUAUAUAUCUAAAGUGGAUAAUUUACAUGAAAUAAUUGCUAAACUCAUCAGAUCACCAAAAUUUAGAAGGGAUCCUUUCAGUUUAAAAGAAUUGCAAGAAAUUUUGAAAAUCAUGUAUGAAUGUGCUUCAAAAAAAUACCCAUUCGAACGUCUGGUUGUUUCGAAAGACGUAGCUUAUGAUAUGUUUGCUAAUAACCCAUUCAAAUUAUAUUACAUAUCAAAAAUACCAGAUAAUGAGCAAAUUACACUUUACAAAUGUGGAUCAUUUAUUGACCUUUGUCGUGGACCUCAUAUCUCAAACACUGAACAUGUCGGAGCGAUAGAUUUGUUAAAAUGCGCAAACGCUUACUGGACUCCUGAUCUUGAUAGUGACAAAAGUUCUCCACAAUCUAUUGUUCGUAUUUAUGGAAUUUCAUUUCCUAAUGCUCAAGAACUUAAAACUUGGAGACAAGAACAAGAGUUAGCACAAAAACGUGAUCACCGGGUAACAGCAAAAUCUCAGCGACUUUUUAUGACCCAUCCUUCGAGUCCAGGAUCUGUUUUUAUGCUUCCACAUGGUACUCGUAUUUUUCAAAAAUUACAAAAUUAUAUUCGCGUAAAGUAUAGGGAAUUUGGAUACGAAGAAGUUAUGACCCCAAUGAUUUUCAAAAAGGAAUUAUGGGAAACAUCUGGACAUUGGCAGAAUUAUCGAACAGAAAUGUUUACUGUACACCAUAAUGCUAAUCAAAAUGACAAUAAUGAUAUUUAUGGAUUAAAACCAAUGAAUUGUCCCGGACAUUGUUUGAUAUUUGAUAGUACACCAAAAUCUUAUCGUGAUUUACCAUUGAGACUAGCGGAUUUUGGGUCGUUACAUAGAAAUGAAACGUCGGGUGCACUGUCUGGACUCACCAGAGUUCGUCAAUUCCAUCAAGAUGAUGCUCACAUCUUUUGUAGGGAAUCUCAGAUUUUUGAAGAAAUAUCUGCUACUUUGUCAUUUAUUGACAUCAUUUAUAAAGAUCUAAGAUUUCCUCAUUAUGAAAUAUUUUUGUCGACGAGGCCAGAAAAAAAUUUUAUUGGCGAAAUCAAAGAAUGGGAUCACGCCGAGGAUGCACUCAAAAAGGCGUUAAAUGCGACCGGAAGACAAUGGUCCAUCAAUUUUGGAGAUGCUGCUUUUUAUGGGCCCAAGGUAGAUAUUAUGGUUGAAGAUGCUCUUCAUCGCAUGCAUCAAACAGCAACCGUCCAACUUGAUUUUCAACUUCCUCGGAGAUUUCGACUUAAAUAUUGUGAUGAAAAUGGUGCAUACAAAACCCCAAUUAUUAUUCAUCGUGCAAUUUUGGGAUCUGUCGAACGGAUUAUGGCUAUAUUAAUCGAACAUACAGGUGGCAAAUGGCCUUUCUGGCUAAGUCCGAGGCAAGCGAUUAUUCUUCCAAUGGGAGGAUCCAAAUUCAUUGAUUAUGCGGAACAUGUCUGCAAUUCUUUAAAAUCUGGAAAUCUCCAACAAAAUUACUUUGUGGAUGUGGAUCGUUCAGAAAAUUCAUUAAAUAAAAUGAUUAAAACUGCUCAGUUAUCGCAAUAUAAUUUCAUAUUAGUAAUUGGAGAAAAAGAGAGAGACACACAAACUAUGAAUGUUCGACGAGAUGGCAAAUUAUUGGGUAACAUGACAAUAGACGAACUGUUGAAGCAUUUCAAUGAUUUACACAAAAGUCAUUUAUGA